UUCUGCCCGCUGCGGCUCCUUUUCUUUCCAACAACCACGCCUCUAUCUUUGCCUCUGUCUCACCAUACCAUUCGAGUUACGCCGCACCAACACCGUCGCAACCGCAACAUCCCCCGCUACUAUACGACCAGGAACCCGACAAACACGCCCUCCAGAGAUCAGUCAUACUGACGCCGCCAUACGCCGCUGCAGAUGCGGCGAUCAAUGAUCACACCUCUCUGACCCAGGCCUCGUCGAAUAAAUCGACCCCCUCUCACACUGUGCACAACACCCCCUCUUCGAUGACUGAGCCAGAGGGUCUUCCUCCGGCCAAGUCUGACAAUGCCCCUGCGGCAAAGCCAAAGCGUGUAAGGACCGGAUGUCUGACAUGCCGAGAACGACACCUGAAGUGCGACGAGGGGUUGCCAAAUUGCCAGAACUGUAGGAAGUCGAAUCGCAAGUGCAAGCGAGGUGUCCGCCUCAAUUUCAUCGACAUACAAUGCGAGAGACCGCCGCACCUGUUGCCACCAACACAUGACUGGAAAGUCACCUUCCAGGAUGACUCCCGCGACAUCGCAUCGGAAUAUCAGGGCGGUCUAGAGAGGUAUCAUCCGUUGGAGCCCGAGCGUAAGCGGCAGAAAAUACACACGACAAGCUUAAGCUACGACUACAGCCAGAUUGCCGCUCCCAUGAUAGCUCAUCAACAGCUUCCAGGUCCACAAUCCUACCAACAGCCUUAUGCCGAACCAUCUCAGGCGGCAUAUGUUGGUCCUACCGCUCAACCGUAUGAAGAUGCUGCGAACACCAUGGCUUCAUACUCGGAGCCGGCUCAAAACAUCAGACAAUCAUUUGACCAGACGAUGUUGGUACCCACCGACCAGAACCCUCCCCCUCCGUGCAUGGAAGACAGGAACGAAGUCCUCUACAUGCAAGUUUUUGUCGAAGAGGUUGGUCUCUGGAUGGACUCUAUGGAUGCCGACAAGCAUUUCUCCCGCCGCGUGCCUUUCCAAGCACUCCGAGAACCCAUGUUGAAAUACGCCCUCUUAGCAUGCGGAGUCCGUCAUCUGACACUGGUGAAUCCUGCUUACCCGGAAGAGCAUGCUCUGAACUACUACAACAAUGCGACGCAACUCCUGUUGAACUCGCUACAAAAUCCAGAUCGGGAUAGCGUGCUCUGCGCUACCACUGCCACUAUACUCAACGUCUACGAAGUCAUGUCUGAAAAAGCUCUGCAGCGCAUGAACCAUAUCGCUGGCGCCCGCGCGCUCAUCAAAGAGUGUCGGUGGGAUGCCACUUCCACUGGUGUUGGUGCCGCCUGUUUCUGGUUGAACGUCGGAUUGGAAUUGUUUAGCUGUUUACACUUCAACUGGAGUGUGGCUUGGGACCCGGAUACAUGGGGCAUCGACAUGGCUAUGAACCCCCAGCACAUUCCGGGCAAUGAAGAAGGCUGGACGCACAAGAUGCUAUGGAUUUUGUCCAAGAUCACAAAUUUCCGAUCAUCAGCACAGCCACGAUUUCAGGAGCCUACCGUACAUGCAGAGCAGACACGCCUACACCAGAGACACCAACAGUGGCUGGGGUUGAAGCAGUUCUGCGACCGCUGGAAUCAAUGCGUUCCACCGACCAUGCACGCCAUGGGAUUUGUGCCAGCUUACAUGACUUCGUCAAAGAGCGCCUUUCCAGAGGUUUGGUACAUCAAGCGGGCGACCGUUGUUGCUAGGCUUUUCUAUCACACUGCGAUGGUCCUGCUAGGUUCACUUCAUCCGUUGGCUGAUUUGCAGCCCCAGACAGCCGAAGAAAUGCAGGAAUUGACAGUCUAUCAUUCAAGACAAAUAUGCGGCAUCGUGUCUCAUGUCAAGGAUAGAGGUGUUGCCUCCGCUUCCAUUCGAUGUCUCGCAGUCGCAGGAGAACAUCUGACGAUCCGACGAGAGCAAGAAGAGGUCCUGCAGAUCUUCGACAGAAUCAAGAAGGAGACUGGUUGGCGUGUGACAUUUAUUCAUGAUGACCUAAAGGAGAAAUGGGGAUGGCACAGCACUCCGCAACAAGACUACAGCAGCAUAGGCUCUACACCGUCAUACUAUGCCAAUUCGACAUCUGGAGGUCAGCCAGCACCAGCAACAGCCACACCUCCUCGGCCAAAAUAUCCCGUGGGCAUUGUCAACCCUCUGUACAAAAAUGCCGACUUUUCGGCGCAAAAUCCCCCCUAUCAAGGCAAUUACGUUCCUCCCGCCCCUGGACAUGUUAUGCACAACACACUGAUGUACGGAUACUCUGCUAUACCUUCCCUCUGAGGGAGGUUCGUGUAUUCCUACAAUCAGUCUUUUGUUUACCAUGGGGUAGCAGCAAACAAUCACGACAGGAGCAUGACGGCGUUGGAUAUUUGAUCAUACUGUCAUCCACCUUGACCAUCAGUUCACCAGCAAGGCGGACGAUCAAGAGCUUUCGUUCACAUUGUUCUUCCUUGGGAUUUUC